AUGAAACAAAAAACAUUAUACAAAGGUGCACUUCUUUUGCUUGCGGGGAUUGUGGCCCGUGCUUCAGUGAAUGUCCAGGAAGACGGAUCUUUGCUCAUGAAAGGUUCAAGCCAGAUGCUUAACAAAAAAAUGGGAUCCAUAAUAUUUGCGCUAAACAACAUGUCCCUCGAUCUGAAGACCUUGUCUAUACAACUCAAAAAUUGCUCCAAGCAGCUAAGCUCUUUGGAGUGGAAAGAUAAAAAUAUUAGAAAAUACUCGGCGAAUAGCACUCCGCAGCUAGAGGCAAUUAGAAAUGAUCUGCAGCAGCAUCUUGCAUUAAAAAUCCAAGAAAUUGCAGAGAAUACUCUUGAAGAGCUAGAUACCGAUUCCCAUUUCAAAAAUAUGGCCAGGGCUCUUCUUAAAAAGUUGAGGGCAGGAAGAGAUCCAACCAUGCAGGACCUGAGAGAAAUGGUCUUUUAUAUUGUUCAGAACAUUGUAAAACCCAUAGCUUUGAGGAGCAUAGUCUUAGUCAACCCAGGCGCAUUGGAAGUUCUGAAUGCCAUUAUUGCGCCAAAAGAUGAGGAGCGCACCGUGCAGCUGUUUGCCAGCAGCGUCUCUUCUGUGAUGAAUCUUUCCACCAUCAUCUAUAGGAUCCUUCAGCUUCAUGAAAACCAGAUUGACUGGCAAAGCCAGGGAGAGUCAUUUGUUUUCUAUCUGCUCCCUAAGGAUUUUGCAUCCAUUAAGUUUGCAUCCAGAGCCUUGCACUACAUGUUCAAUCUGAUUUUCGCGCACAAAAAGGAUACCACAAUCACUAAGGACAUCAAGGCCACGCUGGAAAAUACAGAGACGCUCCUGAAAAGCAUAGAUCUGAGAUACAUGCUGGCAGAAGCCGCCUCGAGUACCUCGACUUCUGGGAUGCAGAUGCAAUAA